GGCUCCAUCGACGCUCGCCGUCGUCUCUCAUCACUCGAUAGUAGCAGUGCCGGUGAGAUGUUACCGUGAAAAGACUUUAUAGGGUAUUUCUUACUGGAAUAUUGGCAAGAGAUUGUCUUUCAAAAUUGUAUGAUAAUGGAGGCAACGGUGAAAAAGUUUCAGCAGAAAUUUAGAAGGGUGAAAGAUGACAUGGAUCGAUGGGACGAGCUCCAGACUCGAUUAGUUUCACAGUUCAGAAAUGCUUCUUCCAUCAUUGGAAGGUUACAGUUGCUGGAAGAUCCCAAAAAUUAUGGUUCCCUGAAAAAUCUUGAUAACAUUAAAGAUGCCAUCUUGACAAACCAGAUGGAAUCCCUGCAGAAAAUCAUGCUUUCAAUGAAUAAAACUCUGGAGGAAUUAAGCAGCGUUGUUUACUCACUUGCAAAAACUCUUCGUGAUGCUAAGCAGCAAGUGAAAGGUGGUUCUGUUCAGCCCUCGGUGAAACAACUUCAUCAGCGAAUUGGCAUAAAACCAAGUAUUGUGGACUGCUUGGAAGGGCUUCGGCUUCUUCACGAGAUGUAUCAAUCAGAGUACCUGCUUAAAUCGUCAUUGAUAUCUGCACUUGCUAGCAUCACCUUGAAGCCGAGUGUUAGCGAUAUACAUGCUCUUGAACAAGUCUUGGUGGAUCAACCAAAUAUUCCCAAAGAAGAAGUGCAAUCGAUAUACGAUGUUAUAUUUGCUGAAGAAAUUUGAUGGAUGACGGAGAAUGGGAGUACUCUGAUGAACACCAAUACCAAGUAUUAGACUAAAGGGUGAUUGGACCAGCGCAAUAUCUAGGUUACCAGUAAAUCACAGCUUUUCUGGAGGUCGAUGGUUCAAACACUACCAAAAGUGUGGAGGGUGUGUGAGUUUUGCUGUAUAUAAAUAUAUAUUUCAAAAACACUAAGCAACUGGUUUUCGUUGCUUUGCCACCCUCGGAAAUACUUGAACUCCAUGUUGUACCGUGUUCUCAUGGCUUUUGUUGAUCGUUGUUGGUCUUGAGUAUUAACCUCUCUUUUUCUUAGAUAUGGAUUUUGGGAAUUUUUGUUCGAUUUUCUAAUAUAGUUAUGGGUUGUUUGCUUGGUUUUCCAUCAAGUCUUG